GUUGUGGCCUGUUACCCUUUUGUGGAGGAGAUUGUUCAGGACUCAGCACAGGGUAGAGACAAAUAUUUAGUUCUUGACCCCAUCUGCGCUGGGGGAUCAUCACUAGAAGAACUGCUGCAAAUAAUGGAAGUUCCACUUAACAAAAUGGCAUCUGAAUGGGCCUCUUUUUCCAAGUGGAAUGCAGUAGCUCUGUGGGCAUGGGACAUUGUGGUUGAUAACUGUGCCAUUUGCAGGAACCACAUUAUGGAUCUAUGCAUAGAAUGUCAAGCAAACCAAGCAUCAGCUACCUCUGAAGAGUGCACAGUUGCAUGGGGUGUCUGCAAUCAUGCUUUCCACUUCCACUGCAUCUCUCGCUGGCUCAAAACUCGCCAAGUAUGUCCACUGGACAACAGGGAAUGGGAGUUCCAAAAGUAG